UUACGACUGUCCUCCAACAAGCUCGAAUUCAGGAGCAACUGACGGUGCGUACCGCCGUACUCUGCUGCUUUCUCCAAGCUCCGUUCCUUAGGGUUCUCUCGUCGCAGAGACGAGAAGCUCCUUCUGGCGUCUGUUCACCGAUCAAGACUCAGUCAUUCGCGGCUUGAUCGAGUGAACGCUCGCCGGAUUUUCUUGCUUUGCGCUCUCGAUUCAUGAAACUUGUUGGGAGUGUAGUAUAGAGCAACGGUGUGAGGAAGACGGAGGAUGAGCAUAGUGUCGAAGGAAUCGAUCGAGGUCAUAGCGCAGAGCAUCGGAAUCAGUAACCUGUCGCCUGAUGCGGCGCUCGCUUUCGCGCCUGAUGUUGAAUACCGCAUGCGGGAGAUCAUGCAGGAAGCUGUCAAAUGCAUGCGCCACUCCAGGAGAACGGUCUUAACAGUUGAUGAUGUGGAUGGUGCUUUGAACUUGAAAAAUGUUGAGCCAAUUUAUGGGUUUGCCUCCAGUGGAGCUUUGCAGUUCAAAAAAGCUAUUGGACAUAAAGAUUUAUUUUACCUUGAUGAAAAAGAUGUAGACAUUAAAGAUGUUAUUGAAGCUCCUUUACCCAAAGCUCCUCUUGAUACUGCUGUUCAUUGUCACUGGCUGGCAAUUGAAGGCGUACAACCUGCUAUUCCUGAAAAUGCUCCUGUAGAAGUAAUUACGGCUCCUCGUGGCAAAAGUCAAGAACAAAAGGAUGACGGACUUCCUGUAGACAUUAGACUUCCUAUCAGGCAUGUGCUGUCAAGAGAGCUUCAGCUAUAUUUUGAAAAGAUUACCGAGCUAACUAUGAGAAGCCCUGAUUCAGUCCUUUUCAAAGAAGCGUUAGUGAGUUUGGCUACAGACUCAGGACUGCAUCCACUUGUCCCAUACUUCACAUGCUUUGUAGCUGAUGAGGUAUCUCGUGGUUUAAGUGAUUUGCCCCUUCUUUUAGCCUUGCUGCGUGUUGUGCGUAGUCUCCUUCAUAAUCCUCACAUCAAUAUGGAACCUUAUUUACAUCAGUUGAUGCCAGCUGUUGUCACGUGUCUUGUAGCAAAGAGGUUGGGUAAAAGGCUUGCAGACAAUCACUGGGAGCUUAGAGAUUUUGCAGCAAACCUGGUUUCCUCUAUAUGCAAAAGGUACGGGCAAGUUUAUAGUACUCUGCAAUCGCGUCUUACAAGGCAACUGAUCAAUGCAUUUCUGAACCCAACACACACAUUAGCGACACACUAUGGUGCAGUUCAGGGUUUAGCAGCUUUGGGAUCUAACGUGGUUCGCCUUCUUAUACUGCCGAAUCUGGAGCCAUAUUUGCAACUGCUUGAACCAGAGAUGCUUCUUGAGACACAGAAAAAUAAAAUAAAGAGGCACGAAGCUUGGCGUGUUUAUGGGGCCUUGCUGCAUGCAUCCGGUCAAAGCCUGUAUGACCGCUUCAAGAUCCUCCCGCCUCUGCCAUCCCUUCAACCGGGAGCUGUCUGGAAGACUAAUGCAAGAGUUAUUACUUCACUCUCGAAGAAACGUGGAGCAAUCACGGAGCACUUGGAGCAGCAGUCACCCCUGAAGAAAAUGGCUGUUGAUGGGCCAAUAAAUGCAGUGUCCACCAACCCUUCACCCACCAAUGGACGAGAAGAAGCCACUGCCCUGACUCCUGCCAACGAUUCCGAUGCAGAUGCCACUCCCUCUGCUGCAGGGAAGGAGCCUAAUGAUAUUGAUGCGGGCGCGGGAAGUGGAAGAGUCAACGGUAGCAUUCGAUCUGUGAACAUGUCAGCAAUGCUACAACAAAUUUGGAAGGACGACUUGAACUCGGGGCGUCUACUAGUCUCUUUGUUUGAGCGGUUUGGCGAGAGCCUCAUUCCCUUCAUUCCCUCCCCUGAAUUGUUAGUCUUUUUGUAAUGUAAGCCAGCCCGUUAAGAUUGUAAUACAUGGGGGUGUACAAUAAGAUUGGAUGUAGUUGAGCAAAAAAUGAAAAGCACUUCAGCCAUUUGGCCUCUGGUCCUGUCCAUUCGAUGCAGUUAACGGAGUCUUCAUCUUAUACAUUCCUGAGGGGUGACCGAUUUCAUUGGAAACCCGACUUUCUGAUGUCA